UACAACAAAGAUUUUCAGGGAUGUACUUCAGCAUAUACAUGCUUUUUCUAUGUUUUCAUUCUUUAUGAAAUAUGGAAAGGCUUUUCCGAACACCGGAACCUUAAGUUGUGCAUAAGGCGGUCUGUGUUUCCGUGUGGACUGUCUUGUAAACGGGGUGGAUUGAACCAUGGCUGCUUGACAACGUGAGGAAGCAGUAUAUUUAAAAACACACACAAGACCCGUUCAGAUCGUCACACAGCAGACUUCCUGCCAGCGAGAGGUGAAAUUCGGAUUUGUCUGUAAUGGCAGAGGGGCAGAAACCCACCCACAAUCCUCUGGAGCAGUUCAUUCUGUUAGCAAAGAGUGCUAAAGGCACCGCGCUGACCGCUCUUAUCACCCAGGUGCUGGAGGCCCCCAGCGUGUACGUCUUCGGAGAGCUUCUGGAGCUGCCCUGCAUCCAGGAGCUAUCAAAUGGACCUUAUGCAGGAUAUUUUCAGCUGUUAAAUCUGUUUGCUUAUGGAACAUACCCGGAUUAUACAGCGAAUAAAGAAAGUCUGCCUGAGUUAUCUGGAGUCCAGAAGAACAAAUUGAAACACCUGACCAUAGUUAGCCUGGCUGCCAGGAUGAAGCAGUGCAUUCCUUACUCUGUGCUGCUGAAAGACCUGGAAAUGAAGAACCUGCGAGAGCUGGAGGAUCUGAUCAUUGAAGCUGUGUACAGUGACAUCAUCCAGGGGAAGCUGGACCAGCGGAGCCAGCUGUUUGAGGUGGACCUCUGCAUCGGACGCGACAUCCAGAGGAAGGACAGCAGCGACAUCGUGAAGACACUGCAGGAGUGGUGUGACGGUUGUGAGGCGGUCUUGUCGGGUAUUGAGCAGCAAGUCCUCCGAGCCAAUCUGUGCAGAGAGAAUCACAACAGGACCCAGCAGCAAAUGGAAACAGAGGUUACAAAUAUAAAGAAAACAUUGAAAGCUUCGGCAUCAACCUCCAGCCAGGAAGUGGACCCGCAGCUGAUGGAACGGGAUGCAGCUCAGCCCGCUGAGCAGAGACAGCCCCUUAAGAAGAUGUCCAAAGUGAAGGGGCUGGUGCCCAUCCGCCACUAGCACCCCACCAGGGAGCGCUACGACUAAAACUCCUCCCAGCCUCAACCACACUGCCCACCCACCCACCACUAGCACCCCACCCUGGAGUGCUCUGCUACGAAUCAAACUCCUCCCAGCCUCUACCACACUGCCCACCCACCCACCACUAGCACCCCACCAGGGAGCGCUCUGCUAUGAGUCAAACUCCUCCCAGCCUCUACCACACUGCCCACCCACCCACCACUAGCACCCCACCAGGGAGCGCUCUGCUAAGAGUCAAACUCCUCCCAGCUUCAACCACACUGCUCACCCACCCACCACUAGCACCCCACCAGGGAGCGCUCUGCUACGAAUCAAACUCCUCCCAGCCUCUACCACAGUAACCACCCACCCACCACUAGCACCCCACCACGGAGCGCUCUGCUACUUCCACUAGCACCCCACCAGGGAGUGCUCUGCUACGACUCAAACUCCCACCAGCCUCUUCCACGCUGACCAUCACCACAUCGAGCCAGACUGAAAAAAAAAAAGAAAAAGAAUAAAUACUUUUUCAGGCAUUUGCAGUGUUUUUUUGGGGUUAUUUUUGUUUCUUUGUCAAUCGUUUCUUGUUCCAGUGGUGCUGUGUGCUAUUGGAUUGUGGAAAAUGAAAUUCAGAAAGUUCUUAGCCUCAUUUUGCGGACCCAAGCUGGACAGCCUACAGUAUGUGCUGUUGAUAAAGAGCAGAGAGGACCCCCAGUGAAUGCUGUGUUUGCAGCAGGCUGAAGCUUAUUUCUCAAUUUCAAUAGAUACAAUUCUUCCUUCAUUGCUCUCUUAAGCCCCUUUCACACUGACAUGAUCUACCCAGGUCAGAACCUACCCAGACAGGACCCAGUGUCGUGCGGGUCAGGUUCGAGAUUUCACACUGCUUUUGAUAAAGCAGGUUUGACCUGGGUGACAGACGCAAGCGCACAACGUGUGUAUCAACGCCCCGGGAGCAGCUUGUUACGGACACUUCCAUCCAAGCUUCUCUGGAUUGAACCAGCGGCCCAGAUGUUGAUUUGAGCAAAUG